AGGAGAACCCUCAAAUCUCUCCGGCUCUAGCAGAUGAAAAUGUCCGGCGACGAAAUGGGCACCGGCCUCAACUCGCAGCUCCUCUUCCAUGACGAACCCCCCUUGCGCUUCACCAGCAGCCCCGCCCCGCCGAACCGGGCGGCCGGCGACCCGGUUCCCAAGCCCCGCGAAAUCCACUCCGGCUUCCUCGAAUCCCGCUACUUCCCCCCGCCGCACCCGCCGCACCCGCCGCCGCCGCCGCCGCCGCACCAUCAUCCCCAGCCCUCCGAGUUCCGCCACGGCCCGUAUGCCGGCGACCCCGACGCGGGGGCGCCCCGGAAUUGGUCCGACAACAACGACUCGAGCGGCGAUGGUUCGGAGGGCAACGACGAGGAGGAUGAGGACGAUGAUGAGGACGACGACGUGGACGAGGAGGAGGAGGAGGAGGAGGAGGCAUUUGGAGGGUUUGUUGGUGAAUCGAAUAGGGCUCAAACCGAUGCUAAUAGUAACAAGGACGGCGGUGGCAAUCACAACAAGAGCAAUAGCAGUGGUGGGGUGGUGAAAUUGAGCAAUGGAAAGACGAAGUUCGGGCCUUUGUUCGGGUCUGGUAGAGAAGUAGUUGUAGUGACCGAUGGCAACUGUGGACAAGUUGCGAGUGACGCGAGAGGGAGCUGCGGCGAGAUUCAUCAGCAGCGAGUGCGAAUGGGGAAUUUUGAGAAUGCGGUCACUAUUGCGGAGCCGGAUGGUGAAUUGUAUUACUCACAGUAUUUGCGAGGAGAAGGAUCCGGUAGAGGACAGAAGGAUGCGGUAGCUGUGGACAGUGGUUGUGGGUUUAGCGGAAGAAAGGAUGGUUUGUUAUCCAGUGAUUCAGGAGAGUCGUUUAGAGACAUUUUCUCGGACCCUUUGACGGGAGCUCUUAUGGAUGAUGCAAUGAUUUUGCCAUGUGGACAUUCCUUUGGAGGUGGUGGAAUACAACAUGUAAUUAAGAUGAAAGCAUGUCCCUCUUGUCAGCUGUCGAUAUCAGAAGACUCAAUAUUACCCAAUCUCUCUCUUCGAGCUGCCAUACAUGCAUUCCUCCGGGAAGAGGACUUGCUCUUCCACCGCUCAUCCAAAAGGAGAAGAGAGAGAUUUGACCAGGAGAAAGGUAACUGCAGCGACUCAUAUCUCAUGGAUACAACGAGAGGAAGAGGUGUACAGUUUCCAUUUGCCGUGACUGAUCGUGUCAUUAUUAAGGGUAACAAGAGGACGCCGGAGCGCUUUGUUGGACGUGAGGCAGUCGUAACGACACAGUGCUUGAAUGGAUGGUAUGUAGUGAAAACAUUGGAUAACGCGGAGAGCGUUAAAUUGCAGUACCGAUCACUUGCCAAAGUUCCAGAUGACUCUUCCUCAAAAGCACUGUCAUGCAAGCUGACCUCAAAUUGGCUUCAGUAAUGCACUGAUGUGAAGAAAUGGCAAUUUUGGCAAAUCCUAUGCCUGCUGUAUGCGACACAUGAAGAAAAAUUUGAAGAAUGCUCUGUUUGAGAGGCUCUGUACUCUGUACACGGCACGGCAGUGUAUUUAUUGGCAUUAUUGCUAGAGAAUGCAUCGAAUUGGGUGAUGUACAUUGUUGCAGCCGGUGUAUGCGACUCAGAGUUUGCACAUAUAAAUAUCAUGUGGUUGAUUUUGCCCCUUACAACUACGUCUUUUUGUCUGAUAUCUUUUGUUCUUGUCGGUUUUAGUUUUGUAAGGACCACUGGCUAGUGUGCGUGCUAGUACAGAACUGGUGUAUGCUCUUUGACAAAAAGUUGUCAAGACAAUGAUUUGUGAUCAGUCACGUUUUAACUUUA